GGGGGCGGCCCCAGCGGCGGCGGGCGGAGCUCCAGCACCGCGGCCCGGGCCCUGCGCCGGUCCCGACCCGCCCCGGCCCGAGCCGGGACCCCGAAGGGCCCGCAGCCCGACUCCCCCACCCCGGGUCCCGCACCUCCGUCCGUCCCCGGAGCCUCCUCCGGUACCCCAGGGCCCUCGCUGCUCCCCGGGCCCCGCUCCGGGAACUCGGGCCCUGCACCGGAUUCAGUCCCCCGGGCGCGCACCGGGAGCCGCACCGGGAGCCGCACCGGCCCCGCUCCCCGUGGCCCCGCCCGGCCCAGUGCCGGUGCCGCUGCGGCCAUGCCCGGCGGCGGGACAAGGGGCCGGGGCCGGGGCGGGGUGCGGGGCCAGGUGACAGCCCGGCACCGGGAACACCGGCCCCUGGGACCGACCCAGAGGCGUCCCGGCGGGCCAUGGCGGCGCAGGGCGAGUACCAGCGGCUGGAGGAUGGCGAGGAGGAGUCCCCCCCCGGCGAGGAGGAGCUGCUGCUGCACGUCACCGAGGGGCUGCAAGACUCCUGGCACCACAUCAAGAACCUGGAUAAUUUCUUCACCAAGAUCUACCACUUCCACCAGAAGAACGGCUUUGCCUGCAUGAUGCUGUCCGACGUCUUCGAGCUGGUGCAGUUCCUGUUCGUCGUCACCUUCACCACGUUCCUGCUGUGCUGCGUGGACUACGACGUCCUCUUCGCCAACCGGCCGCUCAACCACAGCCAGGCCGGCGCGGCGGCCGCCGACCGCGGCAAGGUGACGCUGCCCGACGCCGUCCUGCCCGCCGCACAGUGCGCCCAGAGGAUCCGCGCCAGCGGCUGGAUCAUCUUCCUGCUGGUGAUGGCGGCCGCGUUCUGGCUGUACCGGCUGGUGAAGGUGCUGUGCAGCCUGCUGGGCUUCUGGGAGAUCCGCUCCUUCUACAUCCGAGCCCUCGACAUCCCCGCGGAGGAGCUGUGCAACUACAGCUGGCAGGAGGUGCAGGCGCGGCUGAUCGCGCUGCAGCGCCGGCAGCAGAUGUGCGUGCACAAGCGGGAGCUGACGGAGCUGGACAUCUACCACCGCAUCCUGCGCUUCAAGAACUACACGGUGGCCAUGGUCAACAAGUCGCUGCUGCCCGUGCGCUUCCACCUGCCGCUGCUGGGCCCCGUCGUCUUCCUCACCCAGGGCCUCAAGUACAACCUGGAGCUGCUGCUGUUCUGGGGCCCCGGCUCCCUGUUCCAGAACAAGUGGAGCCUGCGGCCGCAGUGCAAGCGCGCGGGGCGCCGGCGGGAGCUGGCGCGGCGCCUGGCACGCACUAUGGUGCUGCUGGGGGUGGCCAACCUGCUGCUGUGCCCCUGCGUGCUGGUCUGGCAGCUGCUCUACGCCUUCUUCAGCUACGCCGAGGUGAUCAAGCGGGAGCCGGGCAGCCUGGGCGCCCGCCGCUGGUCCCUCUACGGCCGCCACUACCUGCGCCACUUCAACGAGCUCAACCACGAGCUGCAGGCGCGGCUGAGCCGCGGCUACAAGCCAGCCACCAAGUACAUGAACUCCUUCACCAGCCCGCUGCUCACCGUGCUGGCCAAGAACGUCGGCUUCUUCGCCGGCUCCAUCCUGGCCGUGCUCAUCGUGCUGACCGUCUACGAUGAGGACGUGCUGACAGUGCAGCACAUCCUCACGGCCAUCACGCUGCUGGGGCUCCUGGUCACGCUGGCCAGGUCGUUCAUCCCCGACGAGCACACGGUGUGGUGCCCGGAGCAGCUGCUGCAGCGCGUCCUGGCCCACGUGCACUACAUGCCCGACCACUGGCCCGGCAACGCCAGCCGCGCCGAGACGCGCAGCGAGAUGGCCCAGCUCUUCCAGUACAAGGCGGUCUUCAUCCUGGAGGAGCUGCUGAGCCCCAUCCUCACCCCCCUCAUCCUCAUCUUCGCGCUCCCUGCCCGCGCCCUGGACAUCGUCGACUUCUUCCGCAACUUCACCGUGGAGGUGGUGGGGGUGGGCGACAUCUGCUCCUUCGCCCAGCUUGACGUCCGCAACCACGGCAACCCCCAGUGGCUGUCGGCCGGGCAGACCGAGGCGUCGCUGUACCAGCAAGCGGAGAACGGGAAGACGGAGCUGUCGCUGAUGCGGUUCGCGCUGGCGCACCCGCGCUGGCAGCCGCCGCGGCCCAGCGAGCUGUUCCUGAGCCGCCUGCAGCAGCGCGUGCAGCGCGACGCGGCCGCCGCGGGGCCCGUGCCCGCCGUGCUGCCCGACGGGCCGCUGGGCGCCUCGCUGCUCUCCGACGACUCGGCGCCCGACGCGCUCCUGGCCAGCGUCCUGGCGCGGCCCGUGCUGUCGGCCAGCGGGCUGGUGGGCCGGGACCGGCGCGUGGCCCAGCCCUGCAGCACCGCCAGCGCCGCCGCCAGCGUCCUGGCGUCCCUGGCGUCCCCCCUGCCCGGCCGCAGCCGCGGGCCCCCCGGCGACAGCCCCAGCGAGCGCCCGCGUCCCGAGGAGAGCGUGUCCCUGAGUGAGUCGCGGCUGCGCAGCCUGAGCCGCUCGGCGCUGCUGGGUGAGGUGGCGUCGGCGGAGAUGAGCCUGCACGCCAUCUACCUGCACGAGCUCCACCAGCAGCAGCAGCAGAGCCCGGGACCCCAGGCCGUGGGGACGUGGGGGGCCGCAGGGACAUCCAAGCCGCCAUCUGAGACCACAGGCUCGGCUGCCAGGGCCUCGCAGGCUCAGCACCGGGAGAUGCCGCUGGGCGGCUGGGCUGAGGAAGAGGAGGAAGAUGAGGAGGAGGAGGAGGAGGAGGAAGCACAGACGACAACGUAGCUGGCCUGGCCAUGAGGGUCCUGGAUGUGCCGAGAGCUGCCGGUGCUGCCGGACACGGUGCCAGCAGAGCUGCUGGAGCGCUGGCCAGGACCGGGCGCGGGGCCCUGGCCGCUGCCCCGCCGUGCUGCCCGGGGCCGGGGGGGUCCAGCUGGCGCUGCCCGGGCAUGUGGCCUUACCCGUGUCCCCGCCGCGGUGGGGACAGCCGGCCCACCAGGUGCUAUGUGUAUGGGGAGGGUGCCCCAGCCCAGGCUGGUGCCAUCGCUGCCCCCGUGGUGCCGUGUCCCGGGCACCGGCUGCACCGCGCUGCUGCGGGAAAUAAAGGUUUACAGAGAG